UUUAGCACGACAAGAGUUAUUCUAUCUUCUGAAAAAUGAAAAGGAUGUGCAUUUUUCCUUUGGGAGUAUUCAGAAAGAUGGAAUUAAGAAAGCAACAGAAGGGAUGCGUGCUUCCAAGUUCUGCCUUAACAUAGCUGGUGACACCCCUUCAUCAAACCGUUUGUUUGAUGCCAUUGCAAGUCACUGUGUCCCUGUCAUCAUCAGUGAUGCAAUUGAGUUGCCAUAUGAAGAUGUGAUUGACUACUCUGAGUUCUGCAUAUUUGUCCGUACUGUUGAUGCCAUCAAAGAAAAUUUUCUUAUAAACUUCAUCCGGGGUAUUAGCAGAGAAGAGUGGACCCGAAUGUGGAACAUGUUGAAAGAGAUUGAACAUUUCUUUGAAUUUCACUUCCCUUCUAAGGAAAAUGAUGCUGUCCAAAUGAUUUGGCAGGCCGUGGCACGCAAGCUUCCUGCCAUCAGAUUAAAGCUAAAUCGUCGUGGAAGGUUUUCUAGGUCCCCUCCAAGUACAGACAAAGGACUUAGGUCAAUACCAUCACCAAGGAACUUUUGGUGAAGAAAUUAAUAUUGAACAGGAUAUGAAAAAUGUGGUAGUUAUA